CUGAUAACUACAAACAAUGAAAGGAAGCAGAAACAGCCUUGACAGAUUGUCCACGGCUUCAGGUUAAACCAAAGUGAAAAUGCCGAACACGGCAUGAUUUUGAAUUAAACUAUGGUUUCCCUCUAAGCAUGUGGAAAAGCGAAUCUCAGGGAAAAUUUGUAAAUCAAGGCUACAUUAUUUGUUUGAAACGAAAGUCCAAGGCGGAUGAGGUAUGUGCAGGACGCCGGAAUGGGACCUGCACAGUUUCUGAGCCAGUUUCUGGGACCCCACGGCCUCUCCCGGCCGGCGAGCUGCAAAGAGCCGCUGCACAAUCCCACUGGAAUCAUUUUUAGCCCUUUCUAAGACAACUGUGAGGGCACAAGCCGCCGGCACGACCCGCAGUCUCCGGCAGCAUCUCACCGCCCGCCUCCCUGCCCCGACGGGGCGUGUGCGGCCCGGAGAGCAGGCAGCGACAGGGACACGGGCUGCGGGGAGACUUUGUGCGGCCAGAAACCCUCCGGAGCGCUCCAGGUGCCGCCAGCGGUGAAAGGCGAAGGGGCCCACGGCUGUCCUGGCUCUCCGCCGCCGUCGGGGGCGGGGAGCGCGGCGAGAACCGAAAGUGAAGGGAAGCAUCCCCGGGGCUGCGGGCGGCGGGGCAGGCACGCCCGGAUGCGCCCCAGCACUCGCCGCUGCCGGGCCGUCUCCGCAGGGCGCUGCCGCCCAGCCGCCCGUGCCCCGGGCGGCGAUGCCGUGCUGCAUGCCCGGCGUGGCUUUCGUGCCCGCGUUGCUCGUCAGCUGGUCCUCGGCCGCCUUCAUCAUCUCCUAUGUGAUCGCCGUGCUGGCGGGGCACGUGGAGCCCUUCGUCCCCUACAUCAGCGACACUGGAACUAAACCUCCAGAGAGCGGUGUCUUUGGUUUUAUGAUUAAUAUUUCAGCACUUCUAGCUUCAAUUACAAUGUACAUCAGAUAUUUAUUAAUAGAGAAGCAAAACGAAUCAUCACACUUUGUUAGGUCUUCAUGCAAUAUGUUUACAUUAUGUGUGGGAUUGAUGGGCUGCACUGGAAUGGGCAUUGUUGCAACUUUUCAGGAGCUGGCUGUUCCCAGUGUCCAUGACAUAGGAGCUUUGGUGGCCUUUGGCUCAGGUGUUGUAUACAUCACACUUCAGUCUAUAAUCUCCUACAAGUCCUGCCCACGAUGGAACACUUACUUUGUGUGUCACAUAAGGAUGGCCAUAUCUGUCAUAUCAUGCAUUGCUUUCAUUACCAUGAUUGUGUUUGCUUCAAAAAUUUCCAUGACAAAAAUUGAUUGGACUCCAGGUGAAAAGGAAAUGGAUGCAUGGGAUGAGGAGAAGCAUAGAAAGAGGGGACUAGGCAAGUCAGUGAGGCAUCAGGAAGGAGCUGGAGGAAGCAAAAGGAAUGGAAGGAGCAGGUCAGUCUUUCCUCUCCAGGUGCUCCAGUCGUUCCUGUGAAAGAAAAAUUAAUUGAAAAUUGACUCAAGCUGCUGCAGGCAGCUCAGAUUCACCACCACAGUGUAAGAGCUGGCAGGAAUUUCAAGUGGCAUCUUGACCAGCUGUGCUCAGAGCUGACAUUCUUUUGGGAAGUAUGGAUAAACGUUCCAGUUUAGAGAGCUAAAUAUUAUUCCUGCUAUUGCCAUGGGACUGUUUAUGCAAAUUAAUGUCAUGCUGAAAGGGUUUAGAAGGAAUGAAAAACGUGACAGGCUGUAAGACAGAACACUGGGGGUAGCAGAAAUGAAAGAGACUCUUAAGUCAGACCCCUGAACUUUAGCCUUUGUUUAAUCUCAGUGACUCAUUUAACUACAGGGAAAAGAAAGCAUUUGCUCGAGAUUUAUUGUUUACCUUUUACUGAUAAAGCUUCUACAUAUAACACACAAAAUCUGAGAAACACUGAGAAGUAGUAGCACUGGUGUUUCUCAUACUUGCAGUCAACUAUAAAUUCAAUUUGUAAGUAUGUCAUCUUGGGAGUAAAAUGGAGCUGAUGGUGGUUAAAGCAGCUGUAACUUUCCCCUCCUCAUACCCUAGAGAACCAAGAACUAGAGACAUCCCUCCUUGAAAAUCAAACAUUUUCAAAAAUACUUAUUUUACUGUGUUUUGUUCAACAAAUAUUUUUGUGAUUUUUGUUGUUGUUUUGACACCCCCACCCCACCCCGCUUUCUUCUUUCCUUGUUUCACAUGCAGCACAGGCCAUUUACAAAGAGACUUACAGGUGGCUUCUUGAGAAUAAUGAUCCAGGAGAAGAGGAAAGGGACAGCACCCUAGGAUGUUUCAUAUUUACAAAUCCUAACCGAGAGGCUUCUGUUCCCUCUCAUACAACUUUACAAAGCUGUCUUGUCUUGAAAAUAGCAACCAAACCACAAAAUUAUUCUGCUACUGCUUUCCUAACAAUAACACAAAACAAUUCAGAUAUUGAACACCCUAGUACUUUGAGUCUUGUUUUUUUCUUUUUACUUGUGUUUUGCUAAAGAACAAUUUUGUAAGGCUGACCUAACAUAUCUGUGAUUUCUUCUGGGACUCUUGAAUGGAGGAGAAAAGCUUUUAUGUGGUUUUGACUUCCCCAUUUCUUCUUUCCUGGUCUAGAACCAUCUAAUCUUGGCUUGUGCCUACAAAGUUGUAGCUGCAGUGUGAUGGUGCCAGUGAUUUUAUGGAAGGUUUUAUCACAAUGUACCCUCUUCUUCCCAAAUCUUGAGUAAAAACCCCAUAUAAACCAAAGGAAAAACCACUUCAGAGCAAGGUGAGGAGAAGCCAGAAAACAGUUUGUGAUGGCAGGAAUUAUGGAGAAUAAUAAUGUGUAUUGCCAUGACUCCCUGACUUAAUGAACUUCAACUGAGUAUUGUUAAAGACCCUGGGGACAGCAGCAACAGAUUUUCUGAUCUCUGAAAACACCAAAUAAGUUUACUGGGGGUAUUUUCCAUUAAAUUACCAGCUGCUAUAGUUAAAAACCAAACCUGCCAUAAUCUAUUUUGUUAAUUCUUUGUUUUUAAAGAAAAAUAGUAGUUCUUGUAGACAAAAGCCUCAUGUAGGUCACUAAGGUUGCAAAAAAUACUGUGUAAAUGCUGUCAUAAAACCAAACAAAGCAAAAUUAUUCUGCCAUGAAUAGCAUGUGGUUACCAUUUGUUUACAAUUUAGUCCAGCUAUCAAAACAAGUUAAACAUUUUGCUAAACAGUUCACAAACAUUUUACAAAGAACACAGAUGAGGGGAGGUAAAUGCAGGGUUUGUUCUUCUGGUGUCAGCUCUGAUCCCUGAGCCUGGGCAUCAGGCAAGGUACAAAGGCUGAUUAUAUCUGCUGCUCACUGCGCUGUCCACGGAGCAGCUGAUCCCACUGCAGCCACCCUAACAUCUUAAAAGAAAAAAAAGUAGUGCAAUGAAUUAAUUCCUUCUUCUUUUCAUUUCAUUCUUUAUGAAAGAAAGGAUUUAGAAAGAGGAAUGGGGUCCAGGGUUGACAACACAUCAUUUUACACAGUACACAGAUGACUUAAGACCAGCAAUUGUAAUUUGUCUGGAGGAUAAACAGGGAAAUGUUUUGCACGAAAGAGCUGUUGGAAGUGAUGUGCAGAAGGGGAAUGUCUGGUUGCCUGUGGAGGCUGAAGGGAGUCCUGCUUCAAAGCCAAAUUUCAAAUAUCAUCUGUUUUCACUAUAACACUAUGUAACAAAACAAGCCUCAGUAAAAUUUUCAUAUAAAUGGGGAGAAUUUGUUUUGCUUUUUUUCACUGUCAUUUCUUCUCUGAUUCAGAAAGAUGUUUGAAGGAGUUUUGUUUGCUUGGACCUUGAACAUAAAUAAAGAAUGCACACUGCUCAGGAACAGAUGAAGUGUUACAAAUUGGAACUGAAAAUAUAAACAUGUUUGGAAGUUAGAAGUGGUCAUGUGAGCAUGCGUAUGUGUAGAUGUGUUUUCUUUGUGACAUGAAAGAGCUCAUGUAAUAAAAACUUGCAAAAUCUGAGGAUAAAUAUUCUGUCCAUAAUGAAGUUAAGCACCAAAUAAUGUGUUUUUCUCCCCAGUCACUUUGUUUGCUUAUGUAAGCUAGAGAGAAAAAGAUCAAGCAAAACUAUUAAGUGAAGACUGCCACUAAAGUGAAUUUGUUAUGCAAAUCUAAAAUCAGAAAUGCUGUCUAUCCUCUAGUAAAAAUUAAGUGCAUUGAAGAAAGGACAUGAAAUGCACUGGUGACGACUGCUUGCAACUGACAGAUACAAAACCUGCAACAGAUAAGCAAAUGCCUGCUGAUCCUAAAUUUCUCUUGUGUGACAGGCAUUCCUCUUGGAAGGUGAUUCCUGUGUGAGAAGGAGUCUCCCACAGUGAAGAUACAUGCUGGAAAAUGGCCGAAGUAUGGCAUCCAAAAUGGCAUGGCUGCUACCUCUAUUGACUGUGUGACAUUAAUUGUGGCUCUAGCUGGACUGUGUGCUCAGUGUGUGAAUGAAAUGGUAGGUGAGCUGCCCAACAGAGAUAUACUAAAAGUUAACACACAGAGACACACACACACAAACCAUAACCUCUUUUCAGAAAGGAAGCCCUUUCAGGGGAAGGUGGGGCUCAGGGCUCCUGAAGUCAAGUUUUUGGGUCAGCAGAGCCCCAUUGUGUGUCAUCUGGCAAAGCCGGCUCCUGACAGCCUGUCCAUUACUUAUCAUGCUGUCCCAGCAAAGGCAUCUGACAAAAGAAUCCAGUGUCAAAUACUUGGGCAAGAUUGAGCAAUUCAGCCCCCGGGUGAGGUGAGAUUAGCAACACAGGGAGCAGCAGCCAGCUGGGGCCUGACAGGGGUAGCUGUGUCUGGUGCUGCUGGUGGCUGGGGCUCAUUGCAACGCUGGGACAUCCUCUGGAGACUAACAGCAUGUGAUGGAGCGAAGGGAUGGAUGCUCAAAGGGACAGGUCCUGGAAAAAACAGCUAGUGCAGGGUGGGCUGCUAUGUGUGACGAAAUAGACACAAUAACUGAAAUGGAAAAAAACAUCCGUAACAGCAGAAAGACAAGUUCAGUUAUGGAACACACUCUGUUUAUACGGCAAAAGAAAAGUUUGUACUCCCACCUGAUUUCCUGAGGAUUGCCUUACACAACACCAGCACAGCAUGGUCCACUUGUGAGCACAAUAUAAAUAAUUCCCAAGAAGAACUGUCCUAUCGUUCCUGUCCUCUCUGCCAAGGCUUCAGUCACCACAAAAGCAUGGCAUCUCUCCUGAUCCAAGCUGGUCACAUUUUGAAAUGUUUUCUGGUAACUGCAUCCUUAGAGCAAGAAGUUCAGGGAUUUGACUUCCUAGGAAGCUUGAGCAUGUGCCUGACUGGCUUUGGUUUCUAAGAUGCAAGCUCACGUGUGCAUUUCCUACAGCAGGGCUACAGUCCACACAGCCUUAUGCUCAUAAAACGUCACAGGAGACCCUGGAAUAAAGGAAACUCUGUUUACUGCACCUCAGGUUCUAUCUGUGGGUCAGACCUCACUGACGAUGAAUCAGUAUUGUGGUGUUCUGCUGAUUGACAUGUGGCUUGAAUAAAGAAAAUCCAGGUGACCAUCCUAUAGUUGGGUUUAGGGCUGUAACCAGAGGGGGUUAAAGGCUUCUGUUGAGAGGGCCCAAUGUCAGGGAAAAGCAUGAAUGGGGUAUUGGGUAACACCUCUUUGUGGCAUGGAUCACUGGGGUAUAAGAAGGCUUCAGCUGGGGAUGCCUCAGCUCAAAUGCUUUUACAUCUUUUCUCUUUUUUACUUGGUUAUUUACUUUUUAUCAAGUCUAUAAGAACCCCACUCUUUGGGAUGCAUUCCUGCUGUCCCUACCCAAAUGUGACUAAAACUAGCCAAGAGGUUCUGAAAGUUGAGGCAAA